AAGUGGAGAAUCAGCGCGCUAUAACAGUUUUAAUGCGCUUGGGUUUUUGGCACUAAUGUGACGCCAUAGUCCAUUUCAUGUUUACUCAUCAAGCAAGUUGUCGUCACCUCGUUUUUCUCCGAGGAUUAAACUAGAACCUUUUUUUUUAUUGACUUCUGCACUUUUGUGACAUUUAAUGAUGAACUUUCUUUCCUUCUUCCUCCUAGUUGUACAAACACACAGCGUGACGCCUGUGAUUCACACGCUGCAGUAUUUCACCACUGCAUGCUCUCAAGUUCCAAACUUCCCAGAGUAUGUGGAGGUUGGUUAUGUUGAUGAAGUUGAGAUGAGUUACUAUGACAGCAACAUCAGGAAAGCAGAAUCCAAACAGGACUGGAUGAACAAAAUCACAGCAGAGGAUCCAAACUACUGGCAGAGACAAACAGAGAAGAAAGUUUUUAGACAACAUGUCUCCAAAGACAACAAUGAAAUACUUAAGAAGCGUUUCAACCAAACUGGAGGUGUUCACACUUUCCAGGUGAUGUCAGGAUGUGAAUGGAAUGAUGAGACUGAUGAAGUUAAAGGUUGGCAGCAGCACAGUUAUGAUGGAGAAGAUUUCAUAUCGUUGGACAUGAAGACAUGGACAUGGACCGCAGCAAAACAACAAGCUUUCCCCUCCAAACUCGAGUUGGACCAGGACAUAUUUGCUCUAGACUACAAUAAGUAUUAUUACACUGAGCUAUGUCCUUCUUACUUGAUGAAGUAUGUGGAGUAUGGGAAGAAGGUCCUAAUGAGAACAGAGCUUCCAGAGGUGUUCCUCCUCCAGAAGACGCCAUCCUCUCCGGUCAGCUGCAUGGCGACAGGUUUCUACCCUGACCGAGCCGACUUGUUUUGGAGGAAAGAUGGCGAGCAGAUCUUGGAGGACGUGGAGCACGGAGAGCUGCUCCCCAACCACGACGGAACCUUCCAGAUGUCUGUGGAGCUGAAAGUGGAGGUGACGGCCGAGGUGGAGGGCAAGUACGAAUGUGUAUUCCAGCUGUCUGGCAUCAAGGAGGACCUGGUCACCAAGCUGGAGAGAAGAAGCAUCCUGAGCAACGCAAGCCAUGAAGCUGUCAAACAAAUCAAUCAUACCAUACCAACAGGCAACGUGAGCGUCACUGCCACGCUGGCGGUCCUCGCUGUGGUGGUCCUCCUGGCGGCCCCCAUCAUCAUCAUCUUCAUCAUCAAGCGUCGCCGAAGCAGACAAGCCCAAUACGAUUCAGCUGCUGGUGACGAUGGUAACGAGCUCUCAGAGAGACGUGAAGGCUGAAGGCUGAGUGACACACAGCAGUCGGCACACAGUGAGGACUUUGCUUUUUCAUGCACCUCCAAAUGUUCUUCUGACUUUGUGUGAAGAUGAUGUUCACUCUGCCACAUGCUAACAUCUGCGCUUGGAUUCAACUGCUUUUGUUGGGAAUGUGCUGAGUCAUCUUCUUCCUCCAGGAUGCUUUGUGCACUGGAACACACAGAGAUGUCUCCAUCGCUGAGGGACCUCAUCACACUUGGACAUUUCUCUGACAUCUGCACAAAUUUGUCACGAUCCGCUACUCGGAUCGUUUAUUGUUUCGCCGUUUAUAUGUUGUUGAUCAUGUUUAGUUCUAGACUCGGCCGAUUCCUGUGUUUGUGCACUUCCUGUUGUAUUUUGUUUCCAUGGUUUCUUAUUUGUCCUUUUGUACCAGUGUUAUUUUAUUUUUGUAUUAAAAAACAAGUUGUAUCUUGUUUCCAUGGUUUCUUAUUUGUCCUUUUGUACCAGUGUUAUUUUAUUUUUGUAUUAAAAACCAAGUUCUUACCCGCAA